AUGUCUGAAAAUAAAGAAGAAAUGAAGCGCAAAGCGGACGAGGACCUCCCAUCCCCUGCAGCUCCAAAGCGCGUUAGGCAUAGUGAUUCCGAAGAACCGCAGGACGAGACGCUAGACGACAAGGACAACGAGCAAAUAGAUGCGCGCGCGCGCGCCGCGAUUGGGGGGGACGCAGGCGGUGAUGAUGACGGUGACGAUGCCGGAGCCGGCGAUGGCGCAGACGACGAUAAGGACGAUGGUAGAGACGAAGACGACGACGACGAACAUAAAGACGAAGCGAAAGACGAGGAUCAAAACGUCAAGACGGAAGACGGCGUGGAUUCAAAGACUGAGGGCCAGUCGGCUCCUGCACUGAAGCGCAUUCCAUUUCCUGACAAGCCGGGAGUUAUCGAAGAGCGAAAUGGCGAAAUCGAACUCCGGGUGGUUAACAACGACGGAGAGCGCGAAUCUCUCAUCGUUCUGACCGGCCUUAAAUGCCUGUUUCAGAAGCAGCUACCAAAGAUGCCCAAGGAUUACAUCGCACGACUAGUCUACGACCGAACACACUUGUCGAUAGCAAUCGUCAAAAAGCCGCUCGAGGUGGUCGGUGGUGUCACGUUCCGCCCGUUCAAGGGCCGUCGAUUUGCCGAGAUCGUAUUCUUUGCCAUCAGCACCGACCAACAGGUCAAGGGAUAUGGCGCGCAUCUCAUGUGCCACUUGAAGGACUAUGUCAAGGCAACCAGCGAUGUCAUGUACUUCCUCACCUAUGCCGACAACUACGCCAUUGGCUACUUUAAAAAGCAGGGCUUCACAAAGGAGAUUACACUAGACCGAAGUGUUUGGAUGGGGUACAUUAAGGACUAUGAAGGCGGAACCAUAAUGCAGUGCUCCAUGCUUCCGCGGGUUCGCUAUUUAGAAGUCGGGCGCCUCCUUCUCAAGCAGAAGGAGUGCGUCCAGGCCAAGAUCCGCGCCUAUUCAAAGUCACACAACGUGCACUCGCCACCAAAAGAGUGGAAGAACGGCGUCAAAGAAAUCAACCCCCUGGACAUACCCGCCAUCCGCGCUUCCGGCUGGUCGCCGGACAUGGACGAGCUCGCGCGCCAGCCGCGGCACGGCCCCAACUACAACCAGCUGCUACACCUACUCAACGACCUGCAGAACCACAACUCGGCUUGGCCGUUCCUGGUGCCCGUCAACCGCGACGACGUGGCCGACUACUACGACGUCAUCAAGGAGCCCAUGGACCUCAGCACCAUGGAGAACAAGCUCGAGGCGGACCAGUACCCGACGCCCGAGGACUUCAUCCGCGACGCGACGCUCAUCUUCGACAACUGCCGCAAGUACAACAACGAGAGCACGCCCUACGCCAAGUCGGCGACCAAGCUGGAGAAGUUCAUGUGGCAGCAGCUCAGGGCGGUGCCCGAAUGGUCACACCUGGAGCCGGAAAAGUAG